AUGACCACCUUCCAAGCCACGAAGGAUCCUCUCCUCCGGGGUGUAUCUCCCACUCCUAGCAAGAUUCCCGUUCGCUCUCAGAGACGCCCACCUCUCCCCACUGUCAAACCCAGCGCCGUGGACCAGGAGAACCAAGAUCCAAGGAGAUUGGGGCAGAAGCUCAGUAUUCAGCGCCCCCUCGCAGACUCAGCAGGCCCCAGGCUGAAAGCCACAUGUCAGACAGAGCAAUCUGAGAAAUUGGUGGGGAGCCCUCAGCUCCGGAACCCCUUGGAGGAGCUCAGGCCUAGCCAUAGGGGUCAAAAUGUGGGCCCUAGGCCACCUCCCCAGACAGAGGCUUCAGGAACCAUAGAGUUUGUGGCUGACCCUGCAGCCCUGGCCACCAUCCUGUCAGGUGAGGGGGUGAAGAGCUGUCACCUGGGGCGCCAGCCCAGUCUGGCUCAGAGAGUACUUGUUCGAGGGAGCCAGGGAGGCACCAUCCGGAGGGGUCAGAAUGCCCGGGCCUCUGCAUAUUUGGCCCCCAGAACCCCUACCCAUCGACUGGACCCUGUCAGGGCUUCCUGCUUCUCAAGGCUGGAGGGACCAGGGCCUAGAGGUCGAACCUUGUGUCCCCAGAGGCUGGAGGCUCUGAUUCCACCUUCAGGACCUUCCUCUCACCCCUCUGCUCCUCCCUGUUUCCAGGAACUAAGAAGAGAGACCAGUGGCAGCAGCAAGACUUCAGUGAGCCAGGCCUCAGGAUCCCUUCUGGAGCAGCCUGUGCAGCCUGCUUCCUCUCUCCCUGAAGGGGAACCUGAAGUUGUCACUCAGUCAGAUGAAGGAGGAGGCGGCCCCCUCGGCCUGGCCCAGCGGGUACCAUUAAAAGAAACCCGAGAUAAAACCCACACCAGGGACUGCUGUGACUCCUGCCUGAUGCCCUCCCCUGGCCAAGCAGUGCUACCUGCCAUCACCCAGCCAUCACCCUUUGGACGGGCUCAGCGUGUACCAUCCCCUGGCCCUUCAGCUCCAAUCUCAUAUUCAGUGUUGCGGCGUCUUGCCACCCGCCCCAAAACCCAGUUCACACCACUCCCAUCAGCCUCCAGAGUUCAGCAGGCCCGAGGGUUGAGUGGCCUCUCCCCUCAACCUUGCCCUGAAGAGCCUGCCCUGCCCUGGGAGCAGAUUGCAGUACGGUUAUUUGACCAGGAGAGUGGUAUAAGGUUGCAGGAGGGGCCUGGGAAGCCACCUGUGUCGACUCCUUAUGGACCCCACCCCAGUAGAACCCCCAACUUCCAGGAGCUGAAGAUGCAGCGCAUCAGUAUCCUGCAGCAGCUUUUGCGGAAGGAAGUGGAGGGGUUGGCAGAGGGCAAGUGUGCCCCCCUUAAUGGAAGCUCCUCUCUGGAUAUGGUGGAACUUCAGCCCCUGCUGGCUGAGAUUUCUAGAACUCUGAAUGCCCCUGAAAAAGUACCUGAGGCUUUUCACCUUCCUGGACUGUUACAGCACUCUGAGCUGCCAAAACCCUACUUUCCAGAGGAGUGUGGGGAGCCAGAGCCCUGCCCUGGAGCAGAGCCUGAGGUUGCCCCGCCCUGCCCUCCAGCUGAGCCAGGCCCCCCAGAGUCCUGUCAUGGGGGGAGGCCUGAGAAACCAGAGCCCUCCACCCAGGAGCAGCCUGAGGCGUCAGAGCCCAGCCCUCCAGUAGAACCUGGACCCCUUCAGGCCUGCCCCCAGGGGCAGGUAGGACUCCCAGAGCCCUCCACUACCGUAGAUCCAGGGGUAUCAGAAGCCUGCUCCCUGGAACUCAGAAAUCCAGAGUCCAGCUCACGGCCCCGCACCAGUCAGUGGGCUCCAGCGACCACCAGCCUGACCUUCUCCUCCCAGCGCCCACUUUGUGCCAGCCCCCGUAUCCGCUCACUCCAGUCUCUCAAGCUCUCACCAGGCCCAACAGGUCCCAGCCAUCCGGCCCCUCGAACCAUGGCCCUGAGGCAGCGCCUCAAAGCGUGUCUGACCGCCAUCCAUGGCUUCCACGAGGCCUGCCUGGACGAUGAGUGUGCCUUCUACACCAGCCGAGCCCCUCCCUCAGGCCUCACCAGGGUCUGCACCAACCCCGUGGCCAUGAUGCUGGAAUGGCAGGAUGCCCUGUGUUUUAUUCCAGUUGGUUCUGCUGCCCCACAGGAUUCUCCGUCAUGA